AUCUACUGGGAUUGUGAUCUGUGUAGGAAGCCUUGGCAAACCCAAAACGUCAACAUAUAAAAGAAACACUUGUCAUAGGUGAAUACAGGUGAUCUAUAAAAGCGAAUUACAUCGCGGAGCUGUCUAAAUAAACGUGUAUCUUGAAUCGCUUUUGACUUCCGGUGCAUUUGGGCGCUCACAAACUGAGAGCUGAAGCAAAAUAUUGUGAUAAUAAGUUGAUACCAAGGUGUUUAUGAUGAUCAGAAGAGUUUCUAAGGUCAUUUUGAGUGUCGAACAGUCUGAAGGCGUCGGGGCUCGAGUUCGCAGGAGUAUUGGACGGAAAGAGCUGAAGAAUCUCGACCCUUUCUUGAUGCUGGAUGAAUUCUGUAUCGCCAAACCAGCGGGUUUUCCUGAUCAUCCUCACCGUGGAUUUGAGACGGUAACAUACUUGUUGAGUGGAGUAAUAGCCCAUGAAGACUCUUGUGGUCACAGCGGGAAGUUGGAACCUGGGGACCUUCAGUGGAUGACAGCAGGUCGUGGGGUGAUUCAUGCUGAGAUGCCUGUGUCAGACGGACACAUUCAUGGCCUACAGCUUUGGGUGAACCUGAAAAGUGCAGAUAAGAUGGUGGAGCCUCAGUACCAGGAGCUGAAGAGCAAAGAGAUUCCCAAACCCAGCAAAGAUGGAGUCACUGUCAGCGUCAUCUCAGGGGAAGCUCUUGGAGUGAAGUCAAAGGUUUACACAAGAACCCCAACCAUGUACCUCGACUUUAUGCUGAAGGAAGGUGCAAAGCAUCUGCAGCCUGUUCCUAAAGGUUGGACAGCUUUCAUCUACACCCUUGCAGGUUCUUUAUGCACUGGCCCUGACGAUGAUCUGCGGACGAUUGAGCCACACCACACAGUGGUUUUGGAAGAUGGUGAAUGCAUCAGAAUAGAAAACAAGGCAGCUGAGGAGUCUCACUUUGUGUUAAUUGCUGGUGCACCCAUUAAUGAGCCUGUGGUUCAACAUGGACCCUUUGUCAUGAACACACAAGAAGAGAUUGAUCAGACCAUCUCAGACUUCAGAUCAGCCACUAAUGGAUUUGAGAGGGCAAAAGUUUGGCGAUCAAAGAUUGGUCAAAAGUUCUAAAGUUUUUAUAAGUAUCCCUCUCUAUAGGAAUUUUACAGUAUGUGCGUUAUGUUUUUGUGCCUUUAAAAAAAUAUUUGGAUAUUUAAAUAAUACUUUUGAAAUCCAAAGUGGCAUUUAUUUUAAAGCAAGAUAGAAAAAUAGUAUUCUUACGUUUCAAGCAAAACAUCCAACAAAAAAAGGUUUUAAAUGAAGUAUUAGCAUACUUUCUGGUUGCUAACCUAAGGCUACGUUCACACUGUCAGUCCAAAUCCGAUUAUUUGUGUAUUCGAUUGGAAUCUCAUCUAAAUUUUUUGAUGUCCACGUUGUAUAUUACAACUGUUCAGAUCUGAUUUGUUUGUCCAUUUUAAAAUAUCUGCAUUGGUUUCUAUGGCAAUGACGUUGCGUUGGCAGGCAUACGCCAAAAACAACUACAACAGCCGCAACAUGGAGGGGUUUGCAAUACAGAUGUUGUCUUAUUUACAACAAUACAGUGUGUAGCCGCUGUGCUUGACUAGGCUACUGCGUCUUCUGAGGCAGUGGCAGAAACAGGAGGCUGGUAUGCGUGGCUUUAUUCCGUGCUGUCGUCUCUAUUAUUGUGGUCGUCUUUGCCGGUUUCAAAACAUGCCUCUUUAAAAACAAGUUUCUGCAGUGGCUUUCACCAAUGUUUACGCUUUUACGUGGCGUGAGAAAGUCACAUAGCCUAAACCACGUGAAAUUCGAUCAGAGCAGUCAGACUGAAAUGGAUUUCCAGAAAUGUGAUUUGAAUAGGAUUUCAAACCAUAUAAGAAUGUAGCUCAAAACAGAUUUGUAAAUGUGAUUUUUUUUUCUUUUUUUCGGCCGUUCACCAGUGCUCGAAGUGGGCCGGUACACGCCGAUACGCACUACCAGUGUUGUGCCGAAAUUCUGACCCCCGCCAAAUUAUUACCACCCUAGUAUUGGUAGGCUUAGCAUUCGGUGUGGGGGAGGGGUUUUGCAAUCAGGUAGCGACUUCAACGAGGGGGGUAAUAAUUUAACAGGGAGUCGAAAUCAGCACAAAAACGGCACUUCUGUAUUUGUACUUUUAGCGUACUGCCAGUUUUCCUUGCGUUCCGGCACUUCCGACAUGUUGUGCGUACAGAAGCCCGCCGCACCCUUCCUUCUCCGUGAACGUGUUUUGAACCGAGCAUCGGGAGUAUCGGCAAUUUUAUUUUUCCACUUCAAGCACUGCCGUUCACACUUGCUAAAUUUGAUCGGAUUUCAAUCAGAUAUGCACAAAAAUCGGAUUUAGACUUACAGUCUGAACGUAGCCAUAAUGUAGUAAAGACACCUGUGUGAACUUGAGUGGAACUGAAUUCAAACAUCCACUAAAAAUCACCUUGAAAUCAGUUGGAAAAAGUAAUUGCAAAAACAGUUUAGAAAAGUGAAGUUGGUUCUAAAAAAAAAAAAAAAAAAAGCUCUAACAUAAUUUGUUUGCAGAUGCCACUUGGUAUGAUAAUUCCAUAUAAUAGAAUAUAUUUUUAAGUGUGGCUUAAGGGUGCAAAUACUUUUUGGGGCCAUUGUAACAAAGGAAUUUUAGUCUGAUGUAACAAUGUCACAAUGUAUUUCUUAUAAUAAUAAUAAUAAAAAAAUUUUUUUUGACUAUA